CGCUGUUGCUUCGCGGUUCCAGCGCGCUAAGUGUAUAGCACGCAUUCUAGGAGCAGCAUUCCAUUUCCUCCCCCCCCCUUUACUAGAAAGUUCUAGUCCCUCCCGGAAGCUUCCACACCGCCUUCUCCUCCCCGGCACUGACAAAUGUAAGGGGGCGGGCCUGUAGGCUUUGCACAGGCCUAGCGCAGCCGGACACAUUUGCACUUCAGCAGCGCUGACAGCGCACAGAAGCACCCCAAAACCCACUCGCCGAGAACGCCGCGCAUCCUCAGUCCCGACCACUCCCACCAUGACUGCCGAGGAGAUGAAGACCGAGGGACCACAACAUUUCACAAUGGAUGGCACCGACAUCACCCCCAAAGGAGAUCAGGGAGUCCUGAAGCUUAUAAAGAAGGAGGGUACAGGGGAGAAUACCCCAAUGAUUGGUGAUAAAGUCAGUGUACAUUACACGGGUUGGCUAACGGAUGGAACCAAGUUUGAUUCCAGCAGGGACAGGAAGGACAAGUUCACCUUUGACCUUGGGAAAGGGGAAGUGAUUAAGGCAUGGGACAUAGCUGUGGCAACCAUGAAGGUUGGGGAAAUCUGCCAAAUCAUUUGCAAACCGGAGUAUGCCUAUGGCACAUCGGGGAGCCCACCUAAAAUCCCACCCAAUGCUAUGCUAAUAUUUGAGGUUGAGCUGUUUGAUUUCCAAGGGGAAGACCUGUCACAGGAUGAGGACGGAGGAAUUAUCCGCAGAAUACGUGUGAAAGGAGAGGGCUAUUCCAAGCCCAAUGAAGGAGCCGUAGUGGAACUGCAUCUAAAGGGCAUCCACAAUGGCAGAGUCUUCGAUGAAAGGGAGUUGAAGUUUGAGGUGGGUGAAGGAGAGAGCAUUGGGAUCCCUCCUGGUGUGGAAACUGCAAUUCAGCAAAUGGAGAAGGGAGAGGAAGCUGUUUUGUAUCUGAAGCCAAAAUACGGAUUUAGCAUGACCGGCAGUGAGAAAUACCAGAUUCCGCCUGGAGCAGAGCUGCAAUAUGAUAUCAGAUUAAAGAGUUUCGAGAAGGCUAAAGAGUCAUGGGAGAUGAACGCAGAGGAGAAGCUUGAGCAAGGCUGUCUCGUGAAAGAGCGUGGAACCCAGUAUUUUAAGGAUGGUCGUUACCGUCAGGCCACUAUCCAAUACAAGAAGAUCAUGCAGUGGUUGGAACAUGAAUCAGGCCUAUCAAAGGAAGAAGAUGCCAAAGCUAAAUCUCUUAUAUUGGCAGCUUCUUUAAACCUGGCUGCAUGUUACCUCAAGCUGGGGGAGCACCGAGCAGCACUAGAGCACUGCAACAAGGCUCUUGAACGGGACCCCAGCAACGAAAAGGGACUUUUCCGUAGGGGAGAAGCCUACAUGUGCUCCAACGACUUGGAGCUUGCUAGGGAUGACUUUGCAAAAGUGCUCCAGCUAUAUCCAGCCAACAGAGCUGCUCGUGCCCAGCUAGGGCAGUGCCAGAUUCGCAUCCGCCAGCAGACAGAGCGAGAGAAAAAGAUCUAUGCUAACAUGUUCCAGAGGCUAGCUGAAAAAGAAAUCAAAGAGGUUCCAACCACCCCCAGUGACAUAGAAAUGAAAGAACCUGAUGAAAACGGAUCACUAAAGAGCGUGGCAGUAGAUGCAUAGGAUGGGAUAGAACUCUAUUUUUUUAUUAUUUAAGGAUCCUUUUUUUACUACAGACCCAGAUCUUUCUACAUAAACAGUCGAAUGGGGUAGUUUUGCAAGGAGGGUGCUGACAUAGUUUGCACUAAAUUCAUCACGCUCCCUGUCCUUUUGCUCGGGCUGAGGUGGUGACUGAUUUCUUUUCAUUCCGGCCUCUUCACUCGUGUCUCAGGACUGUAGCUCCUGUUACCCUAUCACACGGGUAAAGUGUAAACAGACGGACAGACACUAAUCUCAAGGACUGACAUGUCCAGGUUGGGUUGUCUUAGUAACAUCCACCUUCCAUUUUUUUUUACCCCCAUAAUGUGAUGUUCAAAGGAUGUGCUAUGUUCCCCUCCAUUAUAUGGCACUUCAUCUUUCCCUUCCAUUGGAAAGAAGCUGGUUAGGGUCCGGGGCAUAUUUUUUUUGAAACUUUGUCAGUGUGUUUUGUACAUCUGUUUUUUAUCCUCUUGUACACCCACAGCAUUCAGUCUGCCUUCCUUUCUUCCUCUAUUGUUUUACUGUUAUGUAAUAUUUCAUUAUGUUAAUUUCCUGUAAAUUUAAAAUAAAUUUACUGUUUUUCAUAACAA